UAGUUUUCAAAACUUUCUAAUUGAAACUGAUAUCACAGUCAUUAAUAAAAAAAAAACUUAAACAAAAUGAAAUUCUUAGUAGCUUCCUUGCUAGUUGUUGUCCUUUUGAUAGUUUGCCCCAGCAGCCUGGCAGCUAAAAUUUGUGUUUCCAAUGUAGAGACUUGCAAUGAUAAUGUUCCUGUCUGUGGUCGUUUUGGUGGUUCCAAUUUGUGCAAAAACUUUAAAAAUCGCUGUGAAUUUGAGAUUUUCAAUUGUGCUAGCAAAACUCCUUAUAGGAUUGUUAAUGGCAAUAUGUGCACUGGCAUUCCCGUGAAUACUCGCACAUUUUGUAAUGGUCUCCAAAAUGGUCCCGUUGUGGGUGGUGGUAAAUUCCCUCACUGGUAUGGUAAGAAACCUGGUUUUGGUGGAUGUAAAGGCAAAAAGUGCGGUGGACACAAAGGUGGUGUUGAAGUUCAACCUAUUGUUAUUAAUCGUGGUAAAUAAAUGGAGCAGAAAUAAAGUUUAAAUUUUGUAGUAC